AUGAUCAUUGAAUCUCCGGGAGCUGAGGAGCUCUCCCAGAGACAAAAGAUAGCGGGAGAGGAGCUGGGGACCAUAGCACCGGAAACUAACCAUUUCCGGGUUUCGGCCUCCUGCUAUUUGCGGCCGCUUCGCCUUCUCUCACGCAGCCUCAGCGCGGGCUCCAGCUCAGCCCGGACCAAGGUGUACCCCAUCAGAGACCGAGGGCUGACUCAGGCUGAAGAUUCUGUUUCAGAAGCAUUGAGCAAAGCUAUGGCCUUUCUCCUGCCAUCCAGGGCUCCCCAGGAAUCUGUGACAUUCAAGGAUGUGGUUGUGGAGGAGUGGGGGCACUUGUGCCCCUCUCAGAAGAGUCUCGACAAGGAAGUGAUGCUGGAGAAUUAUAGGAACUUGGUCUACCUAGGACUGACCGCCUCCAAACCAGAUGUGAUUUACCAGUUGGAGCAAGUGGAAGGUUCUUGGGUGCCCGAAGGAGAGGUCCCAGCAGCCAGCUGUCCAGGCCCUGCAGUCAGCCUUGAGGGGGCAAAUACAAAGGAGAAGCCAAUCCUGCCCUCAGGGAGGGUGCCCGCCUCUGGGGAGCCCAGGAGAGACUGAGAACUGCACAGAUGGACAGUGACUGGGGGUGGGGACCCCAGAGAUUCUUGUGGAAGGGAGAGGAAGAGUUUGUGAGGACUGAAAGCAUUCCAGACCCAGACACAGGGACCUCGGGAUGUCCUGGGGAGAGCAGUGAAAGGCCAGCCUGCUGGGACCCAGGGAACAGGCCAGGCCAGUGGGCACAGGGCGCUGCAUGAUGUGCUUGGGCUUUAUUCUGAUCAGGGCAUGUAGCACUGGGUCAAGAACUUCAAUACUCAACACUGGGACAACUUUGGAGACUUACUAUUGUAGCAGAGUAAAUGAUUAAAACUAA